GUCGUGAAACAAAGCCGUGGGGUGGCGGUGCUGUAGUGGUUGCAACCGCUUGCGGAUCAACUUGAAUUUCCAACCCCUCAGUGUGAUAUUCGCCGCGAAGCCUCCAACACACCCGAAACAAUUUCGACACAGUUCGGUCAAUCAUUAACGAUUUAUCGGUUAUCAGUGCCCAAAUCUGUCAGUCAAAUUCCCGACUCGUGUUUCAUAAUUUAAAUCAUCGGAUUUUUAGUUUUAAAAAAUCUCCACGACCCACAUACAAAGUUUAUUAAAAAUCCAGUGAUGUUUUUGCGUUAUUAAUGAAUAUUGAUUUUGACACUUCAGUGCAAGUUACUUUGGAUUCGUGAAAUGUGUGUUUGAAAAAAAUCGAGCUUUCGGAGAAAAUGAAGAGCUGAAGUGGUCACCAGUCGACCGGUAUUGCCCGCGGAAUACACCAGCAACGAGCUUGAAAACAAACUCCAGAACAAUUUCGAGCUGUUGAAAAAGCACGAGAAAAAGGAAUAAGUGAAGGGAACACGAGAGUGGUAUAGAGAUGAGUGGGUGGAAGAGUUGAAGCAGAGUGUAAAAGGAAAAAAAUCGGCAACCUGCCUCGUCUAUCGCGACCAGCCACAUUUCUCACGCUAAGAUGACAUAGAAUGGGUUGGGUGGCGCUAGGGCGGCGUGCGGGUGGUGGCGGCCGCCUAUCAUCCAACCUCUCGCUGUCUUUCGCCUCCCUCGCAAGUUCCUUCAUCUUCACCACUCUCUGUGUCCUCACCCUAGCCCUCACCCUAGCUACCCUCGUGCGUGCCGAGGACAUCUUCGAGGAGGGCAAAUCGGACAAGGAAAUACUGGACAACUUGCUGCUGUCGACGCGUUACGAUAAGCGGCUUCUACCACCGGUCCAAGAUGCGGAUUUUUGCUGUGGAUUGCGAUCGCCUGGCGACACUAUUGGCCGGACUAACCAGUCGGCAACCCCUAGCGACCCCAAGCAGAACAAGAACCAGAACAAUAACCACUACACGCCGCACCAACACCUUCGCACUCACCUUCGCGGAACCUUGACCGUCAACGUGAGUGUUUUGCUGUUGAGUCUCGCGUCACCCGACGAGUCUAGCUUGAAAUAUGAGGUCGAAUUCCUCCUUCAACAGCAGUGGUACGAUCCACGCUUGCGAUACAGUAACAGAUCAAGAUAUGAGUUCCUCAAUGCAAUACACCAUCACAAUGACAUCUGGCUACCGGACACGUAUUUCAUCAUGCAUGGAGACUUCAAGGAUCCCCUCAUACCAGUCCACUUUGCCCUCCGGAUUUAUAGAAAUGGCACUGUCAAUUAUCUCAUGCGGCGCCAUCUCAUCCUCUCCUGCCAGGGUAGACUUAAUAUAUUCCCUUUUGACGACCCACAGUGUUCAUUCGCCAUCGAGAGCAUAUCCUAUGAACAGACAGCAAUCACAUACGUAUGGAAGAACGACGAGGCGACAUUGCGUAAGAGCCCCAGCUUAACCACCCUGAAUGCAUACCUCAUCCGGAACCAGACACUCACGUGUCCGAUAAAAGCCAGCUGGCGGGCACCCGGACAGCUGAUUGUCGACUACGAGGACGAGUACGAUGAAUUUGGGGACUCAAAGUGCUCGCUGUGCCAGCGAAGAUUUGAGGAGCAAGGUAACUACAGCUGCCUCAAGGUGGAUCUCAUCUUCACCCGAGAUCGUGCCUUCUAUUUUACCACAGUCUUCAUACCGGGUAUUAUAUUGGUUACAAGCUCCUUCAUUACAUUCUGGCUUGAAUGGAAUGCUGUACCGGCUAGGGUCAUGAUUGGUGUAACAACAAUGCUCAACUUUUUCACAACCUCUAACGGCUUCCGUUCGACCCUACCAGUCGUCUCAAAUCUGACUGCCAUGAACGUAUGGGACGGUGUAUGCAUGUGUUUCAUAUAUGCUAGCCUCCUCGAGUUCGUGUGCGUCAAUUAUGUAGGGCGCAAACGACCACUCCACAACGUUGUCUAUCGUCCAGGCGAGAAUCCCGUAACCCAGCGGCUUCCAGCGGUGCUCAGCAGGAUAGGGAUUUUAUUGGCCAGCCCCUUGGGGACAAAGAAACGAGAGGGUGGCAAUGCAACCACUGGUGGUAAUGAGCCGAACGAGAUCAUCGCUUGUACAAACUGCGGUCCCAAUCCCUGUACACACACAGCGACCAAUGGAUGUGCUGCUGAGUGCUGCUUUGUGCAGGUACGGAAGAAAGAGCCACCCCAUCCGAUACGAGUUGCUAAAACCAUAGACGUCAUCGCAAGGGUUUUAUUUCCCAUCGCAUACUCCGUAUUCCUGGUGUUCUUCUUCUACCACUACAAGGGAGUCUCGUAGAGGCGAGAUGAUCAUCAUGGAGAUGUACGAGACACCAAUGAAGCGAGUGAUGAUCGAGGAAUGGAAAAUUGGAAAUGAACAAACAGCUCGGAACACAUCAAGAUCGGAUUACACGAGAGGGAUUAACAGCUGUGUUACACGUGCGUCAUUGUAUAAUAUAUCGAUCUCCCAAAAGCAUGAUUGAGUGACCGUUACACUUGAUUUUAAAAAAAAAUCCCUGUAGCCUAGGAAUUUAAACGAAUUGAACAUUUGAAAUGUGUGUAGGGUUAACAUUUACGAUGGAAUUUAUGAUGUCUGUGACGAUCUCAAUGUUGAACUUUUGAAUAAACUUCUGUAAAAAUAUUUUUAUCGGAUUUUUACGGAGGCAUUUGGAGUAUUGCGUUGUCGGGAAUAGAAGGAAUUUAGUGCUGGUGAAAUUUCACAUUUUACGGAGAGAUAUGGCGGAGAUUUUUAUUGAAAAAAUUCCGGAAUGAAUUGUUAUAGACGAAAUAUUGUGGAAUUGGCUACAUUUAAUUACUUAUUUAUUUAUUUAUUGCAUAAAAACUCAUGGAACCCACUGAAUUGUUACAGUAAAAAGAUUCCAAGAGGAUAAAUAAAAUUGCAAUUUAGUUUUAAAAAAAUUAAUCUUGAUUGAUGACAUUUAGGGAUUUAAUAAAUUAUUUUUUAGAUAUAUAUUUUUAAAAUAUUAGAUAUUUUCAUCAGCUUGUUUUUUAAAAGAGGAAUUUGAAAUUAUUUCUGUAUUUUUCUCUCCUUUAAUGUCACCAGCAAUAACUUGUAGUAUUUGGAACAAUAUUACAAAAUCUAUCGCUUGAAGUGGGAUAAUAAAUAUUGUUAACCCACUUUCAUUCCCUAAAUCGUACGACAAAAAUUUUUUUACAGAAUAUAUGCUUGAAAAUAGUUGCGAUCAAUGCUCGCCCUCAAAUUUGUAAAUGAUUAACAGACGAUAGAGUUUAAUAUCGUAAGGAAUAUGAAAGUAAACAUGUUGGUGCUCUCUGGGAUGCCGAUAGAUAUCGUAUGAAUAGAAGCGAGAAAAUUAUCAAUAAAUUAUUAUCACAAUGAAAAUAAUGUGAAAAACACCACAUGACUCUUCAUCCAAUUGGAGAUAUAAACCGAUAAAUAUCUCCCCCGAUUUACUAUUUUUUUAACAAAUUACUCAGUUUAAAAAGUGAGUGCACUUGAAGGAUUAUCUCAUAGUUCGACAUAUGAAAUUUAAAUAGACCAUUUUGUUUAAUUUCAAAUCCUCCCCGAAGACCAUUAAUAACUAGAAAAUCGAAAAUUUUUAUUAGACAAAAUUGUGAGUAAGUAUAAAUGGAAAUGAAAAAAAGUUGAAUUGAAAUAAAUAAUCACUGCGUACCACGAACACUUCAGAUCCUGUCUGAAACUGACUGCCAAAAAAAAAUGAAAAAUGAUUUUAAAAAAUGGAAAAAAAAAAAUCAGUAGAUGAGGCGCACUUUUUUUACGUAUUGUAAACAAAAACAAAUCGUGUAGAGAAAUAUUUGUUCACUUGUACGAGGUGUUUGUUGUUUCGAGCACAUCGACACUCGACAUGAGUGCACACCGAGGGUAGGGGGGGGGGGGAUCUUCUUUCUGGUGGUGAAUUGUGAAGAAGACCCCCUCGAGGCACGGUGAAAUCGAGUGGAGUACUCUUUUGCUUUGUGAUAAAUUGUGGAAUUGUGGGGAGUGAUGGGAUAAGUGCGAUCUAUCGGUUUUUGAUACCCCAUGGGGAGGGUAAUCACAGAGUGGUUGACUCAAUCUCAUACAAAGUGGAUUCAAUCGCCGAUAUCAACUGCCCAAACGGUGUGAUUUUCAUCAGUCAGCGUUCAUUUUACAGACGAAAAAAAUAUCGUUAAAAUUAAAAAAAAAAACAGUUGAUAAUUUAUCACUCCCUCGUUGUUGAAUUAUUGACGAUUGAAAACGUCCAUAUUUUUUUCUGAAUCAUAUUUCAUUGGAUUCAAUUAUCUCUGAUGCUUCGUAAUUAAUUAUUAAUUAAAAAAAAAUGAAAUCUGAUGCUGAAUAAGAAUCGAGUCCCUCCCCCUCCCCUGAACAAAUCACAAUUACCUCAUCAUCCCCCAGGCUCAUCGAAUUACUCCGUAUAAAAAAAUAAAUAAAUAAACGUCUAAUCGCCGACAAAAAUAAUGUAUAAAAUUUUCCCCUAACGUUUCAAUGAACAAAAAAGUCAACGCAAUUUCUCCCACGAAGAUAUUCCAUCUAGAGGCGUACGAAUCGUCCCAGCAUUGGAAAAAAAAAAAUCCCGUAAACCCCGACAAAAAAAUCGCAAAGCGAUGUGAAAAAUUUUUUUACACUCAAUGCGUCCAUUUGGAAUUUCUCUCGAUAUUUUUUUAACCCCCUUCCCCCAACCCCUCUAAUUCCCACCCUCUUCCCCUCCCCGACAAUGAAAAAAAAAUAUCGAGUAAGAGAUUCACCUGUAAAUUAUUCAUUCUAGAUUGAUAAUUUCUCAUCAAUUAAUUAAACUAAUGAGCUAAGGAUAUACGACCGAGUUUUAUUGGAGUAAAAUAGGUUAAAGUUAAUUCGAAAAUUGAGAAAAAAAAUAUUUCCUUUUGCAAUGAUAUUAAAAACUCUAGUCACCUGGCACCAAUUACAGUAAUAAGCACGUCAUCAGAGCGCCAAAAAUCCCAUUUAUAAUAAUUAAAAUCAUAAAUUAAAUUAAAUGAAAAAAAAAAAAUUGAUAACUAAAAGUCACUGUUGCAAUUGACACAACGAAUACGUAAAUGAAGAAAAAAAAAAUAAAUGCCAUAGAAGAAACUCAAAUCAUCAAAAAUUCACUGUCGAUUGAAUAUCGAAUAGAGAAUAAAUGAAGGUUAAAAUUCAAAGGAGAGAAUCAAUUUUUUUUUAAAGCAAAAAUGGAAACGGAGUGAAAAUAAUUGUACGGAGUAAUGGCUACACACUUUGUAUACCUCAUGCGCUGUCAAGUGAGUCAUCCCUAGAUCGAUAUAAAUUACUAAGCUACGCUAUAAUUAUACAAAGUCAUAUAUUUAUUAUCUAAAAAAAAAAAAAGAUUUAACGCUCCACGGACCAAAGAUAGACACGAGUAACUCAUUAAAGAAUGAAAGACGAUGCGAUAUUAACCAGAAACCAGAAAUAAACAAUUAUUAUUAUUUAAUUACCAAUCGUUAUUAGCUGCACAUCUUACUGUGGCCAUUUUGUUAAAUUCUCGAUGAAAAUCUUGAACGUUGAAUCAUUGAAGAAUGGACUUAAAAAUAUCCGAAUAAUUAAUUAAUUAAAGGGAAAGAAACGUGAGAAUUGAAAUGCCAUAGCUUUUUCCAACAAUUAUUGCAUAGGGUAAGAGAAUUUCAAUGAAAUUAUAUAUAAUGUCGAUAAAUCUCACGUAAUAAUCGUUCAGAAAUCUCAUCGUUUCGUUUGUUACCUCUGCUAUGCAGUUGAUUGUUACAAUGACAAUGUGAUAAGGCACACUUUUUUUUAAUUUAAUUAUUACUCUUGAUAUUAUUAUUUAUUUAUACUAUUUUCCAAUCGUCUGAUCAUUGAAACUCGGAUCGACAUUCAGGACUCAAUGAUAUAACAAGACAGCUACACGGUUGUAAAUUACCGGUAAGAUUUUUUACAAUUUUCAGUUUCGAGAAUAUUUAAGAAAAUUUCCAAAAUUUCUGAUCACUUUUUUUUAUUUUAAAAAAAUGAACGAUGAAAGGAAAGCAAUUUCUGAGGGAAUUUCGUCUUAUCCUUCACUCACAGAACUUUAUAUUCCAAUUUAGCAUUCAUCCUCAAUAUUAUGAGAGCUUUAGCAAUUAAUAUUUUACCAAAAUUCCAAUAUUUUAGGUGAUAAUUACAUUAAAAUACUGUUUUUGUUCUGCACAUUUAAAUUGAGAAAAAUUAUAUAUUGUUUCAAUAUUUCUGACUAAAUAUUUUGAAAAUGAUGUAUUUAUCAUUGCAACUUAACUUUAAUCCAAUCAAUUAUAAAACGCUUGGUAAAGCAUAUAGUAUAUCUCGUACAAAAAUACUAUUUUUUUGUCUCAACUUUAAUAAAUAAUAAAUAUUUCAAUAGAAAAAUAAUUUUUUUAAUAGAACACCACUUAUCCAAAUUAUCUGAAAAUGACUUGAAAUUACAAAUAAAAAAUCGUGGAGUUGUCGACAACGAAUUAAUUGUUAUGAAAUUCUCCUAGGUAUUAAAAAUAAUAAUUCAAUGACCUUAAUAAUGCCGAAAAUAUUCCCUGCGGGCUAACAUGACCCUAAAUGAAGAUAAUUAAUCCUCAUUGUAUCACCCCAUCAACAAUCUAUCAAUAAUUUAAUUCAUUGAUUACCCAAAUUCACGGAGAAUCGAUGAAAAAAAUCACCCGAGACCGAGUUUUCAACGAUGACCACUGGAAACAAGUAUUUCUAACAGUUCAAUAAACUAUCGUUUACCAUAAAUAGCCCUCAUUAAGCCUGUGAUGAAAAGUAUUGAAAAUGAUAUGAAUAAACAAUCCCAGAAAUGGUAAAUGAUAAAAUGUUAAAUCGUAGGAAUCAUAGAGGCUAAGAAAGAGAGAAAGUGUCAUUGUUCUGAAAAUUAUUAGCAUUAUUUCGGUGGUUCAUUAAAAUCCACCCCGUGCGUUGUUCCUCCAAACAAAACAUUCUCAAAUUCCAUUUCAAUUGUUCAAACUUAAUUAUUGAAUUAUUGAAAGCGAAUGCUAAUUGAUGAGUGAGAAUUAAUUAUUGGGAGAAAAAUUGAGGGGAAAUCGCCCUCAUCUUCUCGAAAACGGUUCUAUAAUUAAUUUUUCUUCUCAUUUCCUCCAAAGAUCGGACUCAACUGAGAUUGCAAAACAUUUAAUCAACUUAAGUUAUUUAUUUACAUUCAAAUGCGUAAAUAAUAAAAAAUUCUAAUUUUCAAUAAUUCGCUGUAUUUUUAAAAAAGUUGUGUCGCAAAAUUUUGAGGAUGAAAUGAUAAAAAAAAAUAUUUAACGCUCUUAAACAAAUCGAGUGCGAUUUUUCCGAUAAAUCUCCCCUCAUGCGAGUCAUAAUCACUAAAUUGCUAAAUAUCUGUACACACUGAUCCAGCCAAUUCUAGUCUUGUUAUUUUUCUACCUUUUCACAGCUUUGGCAAGAGAAAUAAAGUGGAAAAAAAAAAAUGAAUUGAUAAUGAAAAAUAGUCAAACUGCAUUGCCAUCAGUAGUUUCGUCAGCGUCCGCUAAUUGCAAUUGAAACUUUCGCCAACGAUAAAGCAAAAUAAAAUUCCGGUAAUUACCGGAAAUUAUUUAUCAAUAUCCUGAUAGAAAAUCCAUUGCAAUCAGCGAACAGCUUAAUAUUCGACUCGCCUACGUGUAUACAUAUGUAAAUAUACGAAUGAAAAAAAAAAAAUUAUAUAUAUGAGAAAGACUCAUCGAGCCUUAUAAAAGAAUAAUUAAUCAUAGGGCAGCAAUCAAUAUUACAAGCGUACGAGAAAUAACAAAUUUUACAAUAUAUCAUUGUUAUUUACUUAGUUUUUAUUCUCGUUAUUUAGCUAUCAGGUGUAUUAAUUAAUUCUCGACUCCCAAAUCAAAUUAAUCUCACCGUUUAUUUGAAUUAAUUUGCCGGACCCAUGUCCAACAGAGUAUUGAUAAGGUUCCCCAAUCAGAACCGCCAAUUUCUUGAAUUGAGUGUCGAUCAACUAUGAUUAUUUUCAAAAUUGGAUUUACAAAGUAUUUUUUUUUAUAAAUAAAUGUAAGAGUUGUUAAAGAAGUCCGAGAAUUAAUUUAUACAGCUGGUAUUAAUUGAUGCCUCAUUACGAGCAAAUAUAAUACAUUAUGUAUAAUUCUGUGAAAAGAAUCUGCACCUUCCUGAAUGCCCAAAUGAAUUUAUUUGAAUAAAAACUGAAUUUAAAAUCAUGA